AUGAGGAGUGGUGAGGAGACUAUUGAGAUGCAGCCUGGGUGGGGUGAGGAGACUAUUGAGAUGCAGCCUGGGUGUGGUGAGGAGACUAUUGAGAUGCAGCCUGGGUGUGGUGAGGAGACUAUUGAGAUGCAGCCUGGGUGAGGAGACUAUUGAGAUGCAGCCUGGGUGGGGUGAGGAGACUAUUGAGAUGCAGCCUGGGUGUGGUGAGGAGACUAUUGAGAUACAGCCUGGGUGUAGUGAGGAGACUAUUGAGAUGCAGCCUGGGUGGUGAGGAGACUAUUGAGAUGCAGCCUGGGUGGGGUGAGGAGACUAUUGAGAUGCAGCCUGGGGUGUGGUGAGGAGACUAUUGAGAUGCAGCCUGGGUGUGGUGAGGAGACUAUUGAGAUGCAGCCUGGGUGAGGAGACUAUUGAGAUGCAGCCUGGGUGGGGUGAGGAGACUAUUGAGAUGCAGCCUGGGUGUGGUGAGGAGACUAUUGAGAUGCAGCCUGGGUGUGGUGAGGAGACUAUUGAGAUGCAGCCUGGGUGAGGAGACUAUUGAGAUGCAGCCUGGGUGGGGUGAGGAGACUAUUGAGAUGCAGCCUGGGUGUGGUGAGGAGACUAUUGAGAUACAGCCUGGGUGUAGUGAGGAGACUAUUGAGAUGCAGCCUGGGUGGUGAGGAGACUAUUGAGAUGCAGCCUGGGUGGGGUGAGGAGACUAUUGAGAUGCAGCCUGGGUGUGGUGAGGAGACUAUUGAGAUGCAGCCUGGGUGGGGUGAGGAGACUAUUGAGAUGCAGCCUGGGUGGGGUGAGGAGACUAUUGAGAUGCAGCCUGGGUGUGGUGAGGAGACUAUUGAGAUGCAGCCUGGGUGUGGUGAGGAGACUAUUGAGAUGCAGCCUGGGUGGGGUGAGGAGACUAUUGAGAUGCAGCCUGGGUGUGGUGAGGAGACUAUUGAGAUGCAGCCUGGGUGGGGUGAGGAGACUAUUGAGAUGCAGCCUGGGUGUGGUGAGGAGACUAUUGAGAUGCAGCCUGGGUGUGGUGAGGAGACUAUUGAGAUGCAGCCUGGGUGUGGUGAGGAGACUAUUGAGAUGCAGCCUGGGUGGGGUGAGGAGACUAUUGAGAUGCAGCCUGGGUGUGGUGAGGAGACUAUUGAGAUGCAGCCUGGGUGGGGUGAGGAGACUAUUGAGAUGCAGCCUGGGUGGGGUGAGGAGACUAUUGAGAUGCAGCCUGGGUGGGUGAGGAGACUAUUGAGAUGCAGCCUGGGUGUGGUGAGGAGACUAUUGAGAUGCAGCCUGGGUGUGGUGAGGAGACUAUUGAGAUGCAGCCUGGGUGUGGUGAGGAGACUAUUGAGAUGCAAGCCUGGGUGUGGUGAGGAGGGACUAUUGAGAUGCAGCCUGGGUGGGGUGAGGAGACUAUUGAGAUGCAGCCUGGGGUGUUGGUUGAGGAGACUAUUGAGAAUGCAGCCUGGGUGUGGUGAGGAGACUAUUGAGAUGCAGCCUGGUGGGUGAGGAGACUAUUGAGAUGCAGCCUGGGUGGGGUGAGGAGACUAUUGAGAUGCAGCCUGGGUGGGGUGAGGAGACUAUUGAAAUGUAGCCUGGGUGUGGUGAGGAGACUAUUGAAGAUGCAGCCUGGGUGGGGUGAGGAGGGACUAUUGAGAUGCAGCCUGGGUGUGGUGAGGAGACUAUUGAGAUGCAGCCUGGGUGUGGUGAGGAGACUAUUGAGAUGCAGCCUGGGUGGGGUGAGGAGGGACUAUGAGAUGCAGCCUGGGUGG